UCUUGUGUGUUCUGAGAGAAACGUUAUAACAUUAAAGUAUUCUGUGAACGGAUUCACUCCAUCCCACUUUGCUCUCUAGUGGUCAUUCAGAGGAAUUGAGACAACUCCACACAACACACUGAGCCAGGAUCAUUCACUCACCUCAGUUAUUUGUUUUGAAAGUUUUGGUAGUCCGCGAAGGUGGGCAUGUGAAUUCAACAAGAAACUUAUCUAUGCAACCCAGGCAUCCAGACAAGGUAAAAUGGAAAUCAUCCUAAACAUUGAAAUCAUCCUAAACAUUGAAAUCAUCCUAAUCAUUGAAACCAUCCUAAACAUUGCGAUGAGGCAACAGUGACGUCUCUGUCAGGAAGUCACAGAGAACAAAGUUCCUGUUCUCCACUGACGUUAUAAAGGAGGCUGCUGGGAGAGGCUCAGUGUUAAUGCUGGGCUUGUAGGGCGAGUGAGGUGGGAUACCACAGGAAGCUUAUCUGGGUCAGCUACGCACUAUGGGGAGCUGGUGUGUUUACCUUUUCUGUACAUUACUGUGUGCCACCGGACUCUUUUACAGCCACGGUCACAUUCAAGCAGAGGAAUACAAAGCUAAAUACUUAACUUAUUUCACUACGACAGAGGACAGCAACGAAAAGCAACUGAUCAAUGAUUUACGUGGAAUUUUGCAAAGACUUCAGAACAAUCAGUUUCCAGCUCUAAGAAAAAAGCACGGCUACCUGCCUGUGUGUGAUCCAGGAGACCAGUGUGCACUAAGAAAAGGCUCCAGGAUCGGAAAACUAUGCGACUGCUCUCUGCCGAGAACAUGCAACUCUUUUCUACACCGCUGUUUGUGAUUCUCUCUGUUACAAGUCUAACAACAACAAAAAAACACAGUACAAAUAACUUAUAAGCCUGUGAUCUAUCUGAUGGUAUUUUUCUUAAGUAUUCCAUUUUUGUCCUCUUUUUAGCCAACUGUAAUAUGUAAUCCCUUUCAAAUUCAGCAUUGAGUGCCAAUCUAUUAAAUGUGCUGUUGUGGGA